AAACACAAGAGAAACAUAUCCCCAUACCUUCUUCUCCUCUCUCCUUCCAAUUCCAUUCUCUCAUCCCAUCUUCAUCUUCACCAGAUCCAUUAGAAUUUCAGAUCAACAAUCAACAGCAGCAGCAGCAGCAGCAGCAGCAGCAAAAGCAAGCUCUGAGACUGCAAUCAAAGGGAAACAAAAUUGGAAGAAAGAGAAGAUGGUGUACACAUAUACUCCAGCUUACUACUCUUCAUUCCAAGACACCAUAACAUCGCUGUGCAAAUCUAUCCUGCCGUUCUCAAUGAAGAACCGGAGGCUGCCCGCCGACCACAAGCUCGCAAAACGGCACGCGGAGAGCCUCAAAUGGCAGCAGGAAUCCUUCCACAGGAUCCUCCAGCUCAUUGGACUGCACAAAGAAGGGAUGGUGUCUGAGACUGAGGUCUCUGCAUUCAGAGUCCACCUUCUUGACACCCUCAUCGCGUCACCUGCCGAACAGGAGCCUCCCAAUGUCAUCCGAGAUAAGCUCCUCUUCUUGAAGGAACUAUUGUAUGCAAAAUGCAUCUCAGAUGAUGAGUAUCACUCUUCAAAGAGGCCACUCCUGCAGAGGUUGGCAGUGCAAGGUGCUGAUGUUGAUUGCCGAGACAUAGUUGUGGGGGCUCCGGUGAGUGCACCUGAAGAAGAGUGGUCGGUAAUAAACCUCAAGGAUGAUGAGGAGUCUCCGAUGGUGAAGACUACGAAGCAGAGGACACCAUUCAAGUCACUGAUGAGCAAUGUACCAUGGAAAGAAAAGGCGAAGGAGACCAGCAAGAACAACUCCAUCCUCAUGCCAGAGAGCACACCAGUCGCGGCAGCAAGGGCUGAGAAGGUAAAGAGGAAGCCGUUCCGGUCAUUGUUUCAGAAGGAUGGACAAGAUGAGAAUGGUGAAGAGAAAGGAGGGAGUGGUAAAACUGGAAAGAAGAAACAUUGGGGUUUAGAUGGGCUACGGAAAUGGAGGAGAGGGAAUGAUGAGGAUGAGGAAAUGACAGAUUGUUUGGAAACUGGGGAGAGGUCAGAUGUAGCUCCGUCAAUUUCAAUGCAUUGUGCGCUCACGGCCGCUCCCGCCGGAGAAGUGCCUGAUACCAAGAAGAUCAAGAACAAGUUGCAUUCAGACGGCAAUAAUUCUGAUUUCUUCAUCGAUAAGGUAUUGGGACAAAACAUAAAGAAGGAGCUAUCUCGGAUUCAAACAGAGCUUUGCACAACCAAUCCUAACCUCAAUUUCUCGGAUGAUCAGAUGGAAGCAAUAUCCACAAAGCUUCCAGUGGACAAGGCUGACCUCAAUCACUUCUUUCCAAAGUCAUGGUGUGAGAGAUAUGGAGACAUUGUGCUCGAUGUCGUGAAGAAGGAAUUUAAGGAUCAUGUUGGAGAGAUGGAGAACAAGAAGACUACAGCUGGGGAGAAGUAUGGUGGUGGCGAUACAGAAAAAUGGGUGGCUUUCCCAGAGAAUGAUAACAAUGAGAACUUGCAUCCCAAUCUGUUUGCCUCCCAGGAUCAUCAACCUCAAUCUAUAAAACCAUGGGGCGGCACUACUAAUAAUUCCUUUUAUGAUGUCCAGAACCCUUUCUGGACAUCAAAAGGACACUAAGCAUCAACAUGCCUGUUGGUUUUCAGAAUUGAAUUAUUAUUUCUACCCUGUUUGUGUAUGGAUUUGGACAGAGAAGUUGGAGGUCUGAAUUGAAACUAAAAUGUACUAGUUAAAGUAAAAUAAAUGGAAAGUAUGAAAUUGGUUUGCAAAUCUAAAAAGGAAAUUACCAUGAUACUUUGAAUGCUUUUUUUUCUACCCUGUUUGUGUUUGUGCAUGGAUUAGGACAGAGCACUUGGGGGUCUGAAUUGAUACUAAAAUGUAGUAGUUAUCUGAUUAAAGAAAAACAAAUGGAAAGUACGAAGUUGGUUCGCAAAUUGAAAAACGAAAUUACCAUCCUAUUUCA